AUGCAAAGCCACGCCGCGGCCGCCACAGCCCCGCCCAUCCCAUACCCAAAGAUCAAGAGCUACAUAUUUCAGAUUCUCCAAUCUCUUGCCUACCUGCAUCAACGCGGGUACUUCCACCGGGAUAUGAAGCCUGAGAAUUUGCUUGUCAGGGAGGACCCAACCUCCGCAGCUCAGGAAAUUGUGAAGCUUGCAGAUUCUGGACUCGUGAAGGAGAUUCGGGCGCGUCCACCGUUUACGGAUUACGUCUCCACGCGCUGGUACCGCGCCCCCGAGUUGCUGCUGCAAGACCGGUCGUACAGCAGCCCUGUUGACAUAUGGGCCGCUGGUUGCAUAUUAGCCGAACUCGUAACCACCCGUCCUCUUUUUGCGGGCAGCAAUGAGGUGGAUCAGCUGCACAAGAUAAUGAGCGUUUUGGGCUCACCAAACGAGCAGGUCUGGCCAGAGGGCAUCGCCCUCGCGAAGAAAAUACGGUACUCGUUCCCUGUGGUGAAGGGCGUGGGGCUCGAGCGCGUGCUUCCCCCACAUUUACCACCGCAGGCUUUGGAUCUGAUGAAGCAGAUGCUCAACUACGACCCGAAGAGGCGCCCGACAGCCCGCCAGUGUCUUCAGCACCCGUAUUUUAAUGUCGGCCUCGACGAGGAAAAUUUUGCCCCUCCCAGUGUGACGAAGCAGUUGGCAAAGGCGAUGAAAAAGUAUGUCCCGGGCCCACAAAGUGCUCCGUCAGGGAACGUUCUCCUGCCUAGCGUGUUGAAUGCAAGGCGUUCACCCGUGGGGGCCACGACGGCGUUGCCAAAGCAGGGGGCGGUGGGGAUCCCUCCGCUCCUGUCGCCGCUGCAGAAGUUUUGUUCCCCCUCAAGUACAACUUUGACGUCCGCCUUUCUUGUUGAUAAGACGGAGCAACACCCAUCGGCGUCGAAGCCGACGCCAGCAGUCGGGCCUGAAGGCGCGGCCACAAUAAAGUAUGCCUCGCCAAAACUCCCUGCUCUGUCUCACGACACUGCCAAAGGUGUUGUGACCAAUGUUAUUUCCGGUGGUGGCGGUGGCGGCGGUGAUAACGGCGAUGUAGAUUUGGAUGGUCUUCUAAAGGAGUUUGAGAGUGAGCUCGAAACACUGAAGGUUGUUCCGCGGCAGAAACCAGAGGCCGGCUCCUCUGCUUUCGCUGCGGCGGCAAAGGGCGGCGGCCCCCACAGCCCAACGUUGGGGAAACCGCCUCUAGCUCAGGGCACCUCCACUGUGCCAUCGGAGGGGAGGGAGGACAUCGUAGAAACAUUCCUUCACGCCACGCGGUACAAGAAGUCCUCGCUGUCUCUCAUGGAGGGAGGCAGUUCAGCGCAGGCGACGGGACGAACCUCUCUGCCGAGGCACGACCCCCUGCCCUCGUCUCCUUUAGCACUGGGUGGCGGUCACCACGCGGUGUCACCAUCGAGUAGGGCGAUCUUGGCCAAACGCGCGAAGAAAGGGGAAGGUUCCUCCCCGUGA